AUGACUGAAGCCGAAAAAUUGGCUUGUAAGAAGUUGAAGAAAGUGGCUCCUGCAGGGAAUCGUGGAGCCGCUGGUGAUGGUGCUGAUGACGAGACUGAAGAAUUCGAUUUGCUAACUCAGCUGAAACAGCUAGCGGAGCAGGAAAGAUCCUCGGCUGCAGGGAGCAAGAGAUCAUUCACUCACAUAUCAAGAGAUCAAGGAGACGAAUAUAUCAACGCUGACUUUGUCCUUGGUUCAGCAUCAGAAGUUGAGCGGCAAUGGUCUAUUGCUGGGAACCUCUUGGCCCCAAACCGCUCAUAA